UUUGGAGAGCCUUUGAGGGGAGUCUGGCUGGAGUCUGUGAAGAGACCAAACAACCUAGAAAGAGGUAGAAGGUGGUCUGAGAAUCACUGAAGGCUGUGAGAGUUAGUUAGGAGUGGAAGACUCCAGGGCAGUGCUCCGUGAUAGCAUCUGGUCAGAGUGGCAGCAGUCAGCAAAUGGCAUCAGGAAGCAGGAAGACCUCAAAAGAAGCAAGUGUGACAUCUUUGUGGGCUGUGCCCUGGUCCUCAAAUACCUAACUAGAAAGAAGACUUCACGUCCAGCCCUCAGUAAAGCCUUGCAGAAAAGCAAAAGUGCUUGAUUCAAAAGAAGACGUUGCAACCCUGUAUAAAACAAAAGAGACUUCACAAAGCUUGCACAGCUAAGGAACAUAUCUCCUCUUGUGGCUGUUCAGCAGAGCUCCCCUGAUGAGACGCUGCUACAGCUGCACCAAGAAUAACUGCAAAUAAAAUAGAAGUGUUUUAAGAUGAAUAUCAAUUUCAGAGCACAACCUGAUCCACAGCUGAUCCACAUGGGAACCACAAGGCAAGAGCCAAAUGAGGGCUCUUAUGGGAAAACAAGUUACUUUGUUUGCAGACACUCCCCACAUCCCAAGACAGUAUGCCACAUUAAAGGAUUAAAUGAUGCACCUAUCUGUGUUGUGAGAGACAGCGGAUACAGUGAAGGACGCUUUAUCAUCCCGGCCCCAGAACAGAGUCAUCCUCUCAGACAUACUGAAACCACUAUUGAUACUUCUUUUCCCAGCAAUGUUCUGCCAGGCCUGGUAGCUCAAACUCCACCCAGACCAAACAUUGCACAACUUAUGAGAGAAGAACUUGCAGAGCUGAAAAAAAGAGCAGAAAACUCUCCACUUUUAAAGAGAAAGGAUGAUCCUUUGAGGAAAUAUCAUGGAGGCCGUGAACAAAAUCGGAUUCCUCAGGAGCUGCACCCUCUUUCACCAGCCCAGGCCAUGCGCUACAGACCAGACACCGUAGACAACAUUAAUUAUACCCCCAGCUACCUGGACCAGGAAAUAAAAAUCCUGGAAAAGCUUCGUGAUAUUUUACAGACAGACUCCCUGGCAGAGAUCUUAAGCUGGUUAUCAAAGGCAACCAUAAAAGAGAAGGAGUUUGUGUCAAGUUUCAUACGCUCCGAUAUGAGCGGCCGAGAUCUGCUGAAUUAUCACCAAAAGACAGAGAAAGAAGAUGAAGCAGAGAAUCUGAAUUUACAGGCCAUGCUGAAGUCUCAAAAAGCAAUUCAGAAAGGAUCACCAAUUGAAGACUACCAGUUCAGGGCUUCAAGCAAAGGAACAGUAUCCAGCAAAGGAACAGUAUCCAGCAAAGGACAGAGGCUAGAAAGGGAGAGAGGUAGUUUACUCACAAGAAGAGAGAAAAUCCGAAUCCCAACUUCUGAGAAUCUACCAUUAGAUCAUUCCCCCAGCAAACACACAGUUCAUCAAAGUAACCCCAACACUCCUGCAUUAUCACAAAACAGCACCCAGCUGCUGUACAACAAGGCUCGCUCUAAGCGGCCUCUCCCUCAUUCUAGUUCAAAAAGAGAGGGCCAUUUUCAGAACAUCUGA